UUGAUACUGAAAAUGAGAAUGCAACGCUGGAAUCAAAGGCUGCCAAAGAGACAAUUGACUUUAAAGAAGUUAAGCGAGUAGAUCACAUUCUUGCAUCACUACAACGCAAGCUACCACCAGCCCCUCCUCCUCCUCCUUUUCCAGAAGGUUAUGCUCCUCCUGCCACUGCUGAAGGAGAGAGAGGCUCUGAAACCCCGCAAGCAGAGCCCCAACCUACUGCUGUGGAUCCAAUCAUCGACCAAGGCCCAUCUAAGAGAAUGAAAUUUUGA